CUGCUCUCCUCCUUCCACCACCUCUACCCCGCUGGCCCUCCCUCGGGUGUCAGCUGAUGAGGGAUUGGCAGGCCACAGGACUCCUGCCCGCCUGCCUGUCUGUCCGUCCGUCUGCAAUCAGGUGCUACCCCUAUCGUCAGAUAAAGAAGGAAGCGGCGGGAGCUAAUAUUUAAAGUGGCUUCAGGAUAUUGUGAAACAGGAACCCAUCGCCACUGACUGCAGCAUGGGGUCUGAUGACUCGUACAACUUUGUCUUUAAAGUGGUUUUGAUAGGGGAGUCCGGUGUAGGAAAAAGCAACCUCCUGUCUCGCUUCACCAAGAAUGAGUUUAGCCACGACAGUCGCACGACCAUCGGUGUCGAGUUCAGCACGAGGACGGUUCAGCUUGACAACUUCACCAUCAAAGCUCAAAUCUGGGACACAGCGGGGCUGGAGCGCUACAGGGCUAUCACCUCAGCGUAUUACAGAGGAGCUGUUGGAGCACUGCUGGUCUAUGACGUCAGCAAGCACCUGACCUAUGAGAGCGUCGAGCGAUGGCUGAAGGAGCUGUACGAACACGCGGACCCUCACAUCGUGGUCAUGCUGGUGGGAAAUAAGAGAGAUCUGGAGUCCCUCAGGACCGUGCCCACAGAGGAGGCCAAGGACUUCGCAGAGAAGCGAGGCCUUAUGUUUAUGGAAACAUCAGCGUUGGAUUCCACCAAUGUUGAGGCAGCUUUCAGUGAAGUCCUCACUGCGAUCCAGAGGAAGGUGGCCAGCAGAGAGGUGACCCGUGGCUCCAUUAGUGCUGUAACUCUAUCCAGCCCCAUUGGACCGAGUGGCGAGGCACAGGAGGAGCGCAGAGGCUGCUGCAAAAGCUCCUAACAGACUGCCAGCCCCCCCCAUCCCUCCAUUAAGACCUGGUCUGUCUGUGUUGAAGCAACAUCACGCUUGACUGUCAUUCAAGCUUAAGCAUGACAUCAUUCACAUGCAAUCUGAAGAGUGAGAUACCGUCUUGACACUUGAGGAGUCAGUGUACAAACCUCUUUGUACAGUCUAUAAGUCAAAAAUAUAGAUUCAGAGAAAAUCCAUAUGUUCUUUUUGUACACAAUUUGUUGUGGUGGCUAAUGAGUGCAUCUACUAAGCUGGCUGUGGAAUUUGUUUUCUCUUAUCUGCAUAUUUUUACAGAGGAGUUGUAAAGUUGUAUUGAUUUUAUACAGGAAUGCACUGGGACUUACUUGGAAUAAAUUAUUUAUUCUA